GGAGUCGGACUUGGGGUGCUAAGAGAGGAAGGCGCCCCGGGUCUGCGAGGACUGCUCUGCCUCCUCCUCUCCACGCGCCCCCUCGCCUUCCGGGCACGCUGAGGACUUGGACAGGAGGAGGAGGAAGCAUUGGGGUCGCCGGCGUGGUCCCCCCCCCCCCGAGAACACACAGUACACCCCAGUCGCUUGGACACUUUCUGGAGCGAAGCUGCGGGGUGCCGGACCCCAGGAUUAUAAAGCGAGGCUCAGGGGAAAGGACAAUCCGGAGGGCCCCCGCGGGCUGGUCACCAUGUGGAGGCUGCUGACCUGGACUUUGCUCGCCCUGCAUCGGAUCCGCGCGGCCAGAGCCCAAGAUGACGUGGCCCCCUACUUCAAGACGGAGCCGGUGCGGACGCAGGUGCACCUGGAAGGCAACCGCCUGGUGCUCACGUGCAUGGCCGAGGGCAGCUGGCCCCUGGAGUUCAAGUGGCUCCACAACAACAGGGAGCUGACCAAGUUCUCCCUGGAGUACAGGUACAUGAUCACCAGCCUGGACCGCACCCACGCUGGCUACUACCGCUGUAUCGUGAGGAACCGCAUGGGGGCCCUGCUGCAACGGCAAACCGAAGUCCAGGUGGCCUACAUGGGGAGCUUCGAGGAGGGCGAGAAGCACCAGAGCGUCUCCCACGGGGAGGCGGCUGUCAUCCGCGCCCCGCGCAUCGCCAGCUUCCCCAGGCCGCAGGUGACCUGGUUCCGCGAUGGCCGCAAGAUCCCGCCUAGCAGCCGCAUAGCCAUCACGCUGGAGAACACACUGGUCAUCCUGUCCACCGUGGCUCCCGACGCAGGCCGGUACUACGUGCAGGCGGUCAACGACAAGAACGGAGAUAACAAGACCAGCCAGCCCAUGACUCUCGCUGUGGAGAACAUCGGGGGUCCUGCCGACCCCAUUGCGCCAACCAUCAUCGUCCCACCCAAGAACACCAGCGUGGUGACCGGGACCUCGGAGGUGACCUUGGAGUGUGUGGCCAAUGCCAGACCCCUGAUCAAGCUGCAGGUGGUGUGGAAGAAGGACGGGGUGCCGGUCUCCAGCGGCGUCAGCGACUUCAACCGCCGGCUCACCAUCGCCAACCCCACCGUCAGCGACGCCGGCUACUACGAGUGCGAGGCGGUGCUCAGGAGCAGCAGCGUGCGCCCCGCGGCCAGGGGCGCCUACCUCUCCGUGCUGGAGCCGCCGCAGUUCACCAAGGAGCCCGAGAGACACGUCACCGCGGAGAUGGAGAAGGUGGUGGACAUCCCCUGCCGGGCCAAAGGUGUGCCACCCCCCUCCAUCACCUGGUACAAGGACGCAGCGGUGGUGGAAGUGGAGAAACUGAGCCGCUUCCGGCAGCGGGGCGACGGCGGCCUGCAGAUCAGCGGCCUGGUGCCUGAUGACACCGGAAUGUUCCAGUGCUUCGCCCGCAACGCGGCCGGUGAGGUGCAGACCUCCACCUACCUGGCUGUCACCAGUAUCGCCCCCAACAUCACCAGGGGUCCCCUGGACAGCACAGUGAUCGAUGGCAUGUCGGUGGUCCUGGUGUGUGAGACUUCGGGGGCCCCCCGGCCGGCAAUCACCUGGCAGAAAGGGGAGCGCAUCUUGGCCAGCGGCUCGGUGCAGCUGCCCCGCUUCACGCUGCUGGAGUCGGGCAGCCUGCUGGUCAGCCCCACGCACAUCUCGGACGCGGGCACCUACACCUGCCUGGCCACCAACUCCCGCGGGGUGGACGAGGCCUCCGCAGACCUGGUGGUGUGGGCUCGGACUCGCAUCACCAAGCCCCCCCAGGACCAGAGUGUCAUCAAAGGGACACAGGCCUCCAUGGUGUGCGGAGUGACCCACGACCCCCGCGUGACCAUCAGGUAUGUGUGGGAGAAGGACGGGGCCUCCCUGGCCAUGGAGAACAAUCCCCGCAUCCGCCUGGACAAGAACGGCUCCCUGCACGUCUCCCAGACAUGGUCGGGAGACAUCGGCACCUACACCUGCAGGGUGAUCUCGGCCGGCGGCAACGACUCCCGCAGCGCCCACCUGCGGGUCAGGCAGCUGCCCCACGCCCCGGAGCACCCUGUGGCCAUGCUCAGCGUGGUAGAGAAGCGAGCCAUCAACCUGACAUGGGCCAAACCCUUCGACGGCAACAGCCCCCUGAUCCGCUACAUCCUGGAGAUGUCGGAGAACAAUGCCCCCUGGACCAUUCUCCUGGCCAGCGUGGACCCUGAAGCCACUUCAGUGAUGGUCAAGGGUUUGGUCCCAGCCCGAUCGUACCAGUUCCGUCUUUGUGCCGUCAACGACGUGGGAAGAGGACAGUUUAGCAAGGACACUGACAGGGUUUCGCUCCCUGAGGAGCCCCCCACGGCUCCCCCACAGAACGUCAUCGCCAGCGGCCGCACUAACCAAUCCAUCAUGAUCCAGUGGCAGCCUCCUCCCGAGAGCCACCAGAAUGGGGUCCUCAAAGGGUACCUCAUCAGGUACUGCCUGGCCGGCCUGCCUGUCGGGUACCAGUUCAAGAACAUCACCGACGCCGACGUCAACAACCUGCUGCUGGAGGACCUCAUCAUCUGGACCAACUAUGAGAUCGAAGUGGCCGCCUACAACAGCGCAGGGCUGGGCGUGUACAGCAGCAAGGUCACCGAGUGGACGCUGCAGGGAGUUCCCACGGUCCCCCCGGGGAAUGUGCACGCAGAAGCCACCAACUCCACCACCAUCCGCUUCACCUGGACCGCCCCCAGCCCCCAGUUCAUCAACGGCAUCAACCAGGGCUACAAGCUGAUCGCCUGGGAACCAGAUCUGGAAGAGGAGGUUACCAUGGUGACCGCCCGGCCCAACUUUCAAGACAGCAUCCACGUGGGCUUUGUUUCCGGCCUGAAGAAGUUCACGGAGUACUUCACCUCAGCGCUGUGUUUCACCACCCCGGGGGACGGGCCCCGCAGCAGCCCCCAGCUGGUGCGCACCCACGAGGACGUGCCAGGCCCCGUGGGACACCUCAGCUUCAGUGACAUCCUGGACACUUCACUGAAGGUCAGCUGGCAGGAGCCAGGAGAGAAGAAUGGCAUCCUCACAGGGUACCGGAUCUCCUGGGAGGAGUACAACCGAACCAACACCCGCGUGACCCACUAUCUUCCCAAUGUGACCCUGGAGUACAGAGUCACCGGCCUCACUGCGCUGACUACCUACACCAUCGAGGUGGCCGCCAUGACCUCAAAGGGCCAGGGCCAGGUCUCCGCCUCCACCAUCUCCUCUGGGGUGCCUCCAGAGCUCCCUGGUGCCCCCACCAACCUGGGCAUUUCCAACAUCGGCCCCCGCUCCGUGACCUUGCAGUUCAGACCGGGCUACGAUGGGAAGACCUCCAUCUCCCGCUGGCAGGUGGAAGCCCAGGUGGGCGUGGUCGGGGAGGGAGAGGAGUGGUUGCUGAUCCACCAACUCAGCAAUGAGCCAGAUGCCCGCUCCAUGGAGGUGCCCAACCUCAACCCCUUCACCUACUACAGCUUCCGCAUGCGCCAGGUGAACAUCGUAGGCACCAGCCCACCCAGUCAGCCGUCCAGAAAGAUCCAGACUCUCCAGGCACCCCCAGACAUGGCCCCGGCCAAUGUGACUUUGCGCACGGCCAGUGAGACCAGCCUGUGGCUUCGCUGGAUGCCCCUCCUGGAGAUGGAAUACAACGGGAACCCGGAGUCGGUGGGCUACAAGAUCAAGUACGGCCGGUCAGAUGGCCACGGCAAGACGCUGAGCCACGUGGUCCAAGACCGCGUGGAGCGGGAGUACACCAUCGAGGACCUGGAGGAGUGGACGGAGUACCGCGUCCAGGUCCAGGCCUUCAACGCCAUCGGGAGCGGGCCCUGGAGCCCCACGGUGGUGGGCAGGACUCGGGAGUCAGUCCCGUCUUCUGGCCCCACCAACGUGUCUGCGCUGGCCACCACCUCCAGCAGCAUGCUGGUGCGCUGGAACGAGAUUCCCGAGGCCGACCGCAAUGGGCUGGUGCUGGGCUACAAGGUGGUGUAUAAGGAGAAGGACUCGGACACCAAGCCCCGGUUCUGGCUGGUGGAAGGCAACGCGUCUCGCAGUGCCCAACUCACGGGCUUGGGCAAGUAUGUGCUCUACGAGGUCCGCGUGCUGGCCUUCACGCGCAUCGGAGACGGCAGCUCCAGCCACCCUCCCGUCCUGGCGCGCACACUGGACGACGUUCCAGGCCCUCCCGUGGGCAUCCUGUUCCCAGAGGUGAGGACCACGUCUGUGCGGCUGAUCUGGCAGCCCCCAGCGGCCCCAAACGGCAUCAUCUUGGCUUACCAGAUCACUCACCGACUCAACGCCACCACAGCCAACACCGCCGCUGUGGAGGUGCUGGCACCCAGUGCCCGCCAGUACACGGCCACCGGCCUCAAGCCAGAGUCCGUCUACCUGUUCCGCAUCACGGCCCAGACCCGCAAAGGCUGGGGAGAGGCUGCCGAGGCCUUGGUGGUGACCACGGAGAAGAGAGACCGCCCCCAGCCCCCCAGCAAGCCCACGGCCCGGCAGGAGAGCGUGAAGGCCCGCAGCGUGCUUCUGUCCUGGGAGCCGGGCAGCGACGGGCUGUCCCCCGUGCGGUACUACACCGUCCAGACCCGAGAGCUGCCCGGCGGCAAGUGGGUGCUCCACUCCGCCUCGGUGAACCACAACGCCUCCACCUUCGUCGUGGACAGGCUCAAGCCCUUCACAUCCUACAAGUUCCGCCUGAAGGCCACCAAUGACAUCGGGGACAGCGAGUUCAGCGAGGAAUCCGAGUCGCUGACCACCCUGCAGGCCGCCCCUGAUGAAGCACCCACCAUCCUCUCAGUGACACCUCACACCACCACCUCCGUGCUCAUCCGAUGGCAGCCACCAGCUGAGGAUAAGAUCAACGGCAUCCUCCUGGGCUUCCGAAUCCGGUACCGGGAGCUGCAGUUUGAAGGGCUGAGGGGCUUCACUCUUCGAGGCAUCAACAAUCCCGGAGCCAAGUGGGCAGAGCUCACCCCCUUGUACUCCGUGCGGAACCUGACCCGGCCCAGCCUCACGCAGUACGAGCUGGACAACCUGAACAAGCACAGGCGAUAUGAGAUCCGCAUGAGUGUGUACAACGCCGUGGGCGAGGGGCCCCCCAGCCCCCCGCAGGAGGUGUUUGUCGGGGAGGCAGUGCCCACAGCAGCGCCCCAAAAUGUGGCCGUCCACGGUGCCACGGCCACACAGCUGGACGUGACGUGGGAGCCGCCCCCGCUGGACAGACAGAACGGAGACAUCCAGGGCUACAAGAUUUUCUUCUGGGAAGCCCAGCGGGGGAACCUCACCGAGCGGGUGAAGACCCUUUUCCUGGCCGAGAAUGGCGUGAAACUCAAAAACCUGACUGGCUACACUACCUACAUGGUCAGCGUGGCGGCCUUCAACGCUGCGGGGGACGGGCCACGGAGCGCCCCCACCCAGGGCCAGACCCAGCAAGCAGCCCCCAGCGCUCCCGGCUCAGUCAAGUUCAGUGAGCUGACCACAACCUCGGUGAACGUGUCCUGGGAAGCCCCCCAGUUCCCCAAUGGCCUCCUGGAGGGCUACCGGCUAGUGUAUGAGCCCUGCACCCCAGUAGAUGGGGUCAGCAAGAUUGUGACGGUGGACGUGAAGGGGAACAGCCCACUGUGGCUGAAGGUGAAGGACCUGGCCGAGGGCAUGACCUACAGGUUCCGCAUCCGGGCCAAGACCUUCACCUACGGGCCCGAGAUCGAAGCCAACGUCACCACCGGCCCGGGAGAAGGUGCCCCGGGCCCACCGGGAGUGCCGAUCAUCGUGAGGUACAGUUCCGCCAUCGCCAUCCACUGGGCCAGCGGAGACCCCGGCAAAGGACCCAUCACCCGCUACGUCAUCGAGGCCAGGCCUUCAGAUGAGGGGCUCUGGGACAUUUUGAUCAAGGACAUCCCCAAGGAGGUGAGCUCUUACACCUUCAGCAUGGACAUCCUGAAACCCGGCGUGAGCUACGACUUCCGGGUCAUCGCCGUCAACGACUAUGGCUUCGGUACCCCCAGCAGCCCCUCCCAGUCUGUGCCAGCCCAGAAAGCCAACCCUUUCUAUGAGGAGUGGUGGUUCCUGGUGGUCAUUGCCUUGGUGGGCCUCAUCUUCAUCCUGCUUCUGGUCUUUGUGCUCAUCAUCCGAGGCCAGAGCAAGAAGUAUGCCAAGAAGACGGACUCGGGAGGCAAUGUCAAGUCGGGAGCCCUCGGCCAUGGGGAGAUGCUGAGCUUGGACGAAAGCAGUUUUCCUGCCCUGGAACUCAACAACCGGAGGCUGUCUGUCAAGAACUCCUUCUGCAGAAAGAAUGGCCUGUAUACCAGGUCCCCUCCCAGGCCCAGCCCCGGCAGCCUGCACUACUCAGACGAGGACGUCACCAAGUACAACGAUCUCAUCCCCGCAGAGAGCAGCAGCCUCACCGAGAAGCCCUCGGAGAUCUCAGACUCCCAGGGAAGUGACAGCGAGUACGAGGUGGACCCGAACCCCCAGAAGGCCCACUCCUUUGUCAACCACUACAUCAGCGACCCGACCUAUUACAACUCCUGGCGGCGCCAACAGAAGGGCAUCUCGAGGGCCCAGGCGUACAGCUACACGGAGAGCGACCCCGGCGAGCCCGACCACAUCGCCGUGGCCAACAGCACCAGCGCCCAGCAAGGCAGCCUCUUCCGGCCCAAGGCCAGCCGGACUCCUACGCCCCAGAACCCUCCGAACCCCCCGAGUCAGCAGAGCACCCUCUACCGCCCCCCUAGCAGCCUGGCCCCUGGCUCCCGGGCCCCCAUUGCAGGGUUUUCAUCCUUUGUUUGACGACAGGAAAGGAAAAAGAAAGAAAAAGAAGGACACCAAAAUCCUCCUCGUCACGUCUCACCAUGCCUGCCAGAAAACAAGAGAAAAAAACACAGAGAACACCUGGAAACCAAGUCAGCCGUUCACCUCCCAAGUUUAAUUUUCCAGAUUCCCGGGGCCUGCAAAGCCUGCAUGGAGGAGGGGGGGGGAGGAGGAGAAA